CACUAGAUGUUAGAGGUGCAGGGAACGAAUUACAGAACUCUUCAAUUCAAUUAAUAAUCAUAAAACCAUGGCCCUAUUUUGUUAAACACUUUAAGUGCCUCAAUUGGAAUACUGACGUUUUUGCGAUAAUCAAGAACUGGCGUUGUGUGAACUUGGAGACCGCUGCUGUGCGGGCACUGAUAAGUAGGUACAGGCACAGGCAUACAACAUUAAAAGCCGACUACCCGCAGCGUCGCCAUACACACUGACCCUAAGAGCGAUCAGUUUUAGUUGAUUGCAGCCGCUGUGUGCCUAAGCGUCUGUCCUUUGAUUAUAUGCUUGCACAGCAGUUUCGGCAGGACACAUUACACUCGCAAUGCUUAAUAUGAACAAGACGUGGGCAUUGCCGUUUUCUUGUCUACUAUUUGGACUGCUACUCAGUUGCGUUCAGGGUCUGGAAAAUGGACUGGCGCGUACCCCACCGAUGGGGUGGAUGCACUGGGAGCGUUUUAGAUGUAUUACCGAUUGCGAAAAGUAUCCUGAUGAAUGUAUAAGUGAACAACUGUUUAAACGCCAUGCUAAUCUUUUGGUGUCCGAGGGCUAUGCGAGUGCUGGCUACGAGUAUGUAAUCAUAGAUGAUUGCUGGCUGGAAAAAGAUCGCGACAAUAAAACAAACAAGCUGGUGCCACAUCUGGAACGUUUUCCCAAUGGUCUAAACUCAUUAGCGGACCAUAUUCACGGCAAAGGUCUUAAGUUCGGUCUAUACCAGGACUUUGGCACCAACACAUGCGCCGGCUAUCCCGGGGUGAUUGAUCACAUGGCCCUUGAUGCAGAAACUUUUGCGAAUUGGGAUGUUGACUAUGUUAAAUUGGAUGGUUGUUAUGCCAAUAUCAGUGACAUGGCUGCUGGCUAUCCAGAAUUUGGGCGCCUCCUCAAUAGGACGGGUCGUCCCAUGGUGUACUCAUGCAGCUGGCCAGCCUAUCAGGAAGAAGAGGGGCAGGUGCCAGACUAUGAGUCCCUUAAGGAGCACUGCAACUUGUGGCGGAACUGGAACGACAUUGACGAUUCACUUGAGUCUGUAAUGCAGAUUAUUGAUUACUUUGGCAAAAAUCAAGAUAGAAUACAACCGCAUGCGGGUCCCGGUCAUUGGAAUGAUCCCGAUAUGCUGAUACUGGGCAACUAUGGAUUAAGCUACGAUCAAAGCAAGCUGCAAAUGGCCAUUUGGGCUGUGUUGGCGGCUCCGCUAAUAAUGUCAAAUGACUUGGCCGUUGUGCGGCCUGAAAUCAAAGAGAUUCUACAAAAUCGGGACAUUAUUGCUGUGGACCAAGACCCCUUAGGUAUACAAGGCCGCCGUGUAUUGAUGAAGAAGCAAAUUGAGGUCUGGCGAAGACCAAUAACACCUGUAACUUUGCAACGGGAAUACUCCUAUGCAAUUGCUUUUGUUAGUCGUCGGGCAGAUGGCGCGCCAUAUAGUAUAACUUUUAAGCUCAAGGAACUCGGUCUACUCAAUGUCGACGGCUAUAAUGUUAAGGACCUCUACGCUUCGGACAGCAAUUUGGGACUAUUCAGCUCUGACAGUCUGUUCACCACACGAGUCAAUCCGAACGGUGUCACUUUCUACAAGUUCACAGCCCUAUAAGAAAUGUAAGGGCCCAGCAUUAGAUCGGAUUACAAAUGCAAAAUGCAAAUUAAUUAACAUGCCGGGAGUCUCAUAUCUUCAAAAUUCGAAUAGGCGCCCUACAUUAAACACACAUAUGAAGAUAGUAUAUUUGUGAGCAUUUCAAACUAGUGUGUAAGAAUUCAUGUAAAAAUAAAAUAAUAAAUGGAUCAAUUUUGAAACGGA